AGUCACCUAAAAUAACCCAAACCCAGGUGAAUGAAAACAGAUGAAAUGAUCUAUGAAUGCAAAAUAAACAUUUUUAAAUUCACAGUUCACAGUUCGCCUCCCUCAUGAAGUGUGUUGUUAUUGAAGCUGUAAUCUUCUCUGAGGUUUAGUUCAGUCUUUACCUCUGACAUUUCCAGCAGCUUGUCUCAGUCUGUCAGCUUCUGUUUCUGCAGGAUGUGUCGCAGCUGCGUCCCACGCUCAUCAAACUGCUGUAUUUCAGAUGAGAUGCAAAGUCACUUCCUCCAGUCAGUCUGCUCAGACCCCAUCCGCGCACAUUCACUCACUCUGCCAGGCGAUGCUUCGGAGGAAAUUACCCGAAACUCGUAAUCAGUGACAGGCAGCGCAGGCUGGAUGCUGGUGAGAGAGCCUGCAGAGUUACACACUGCUCAGCCUGCGACAACAGGAAACGAGAGAAAGAGCGCCACUGACACAGAACUGAAACCUGCGUCGAUGAAGGUGAAGCUGCUGCUUCUGCCAACUUUAUUCACUACUUUACCUUUCAAAGGAUUACUCUGGGAGAAAAGCUUCAGUCCCAGCAUGUCCUCCUGUGGUCUGUGAACUGAGGCGAUGGAGAGCCCGUCCUCCACGGUGAGGCGGCGGGCCUGGAUUAACAGCAGCCGACAGUGGCCCACUCUGGAGGAGCUGGACCCAGAGGGGCCGCUGUGCAACCUCCCAUCUGCCUCUAUAGCAGACGACGACGUCUUCUCUGAUGGAUGCUUCACAGGAAAGAUUGAGAACUGGCUUCUCGGUUGUGGGUCAGGGGCCUGCUCAGACAAACAGCUGAGCUUUGAGGCUGUGCUCAAAGCCAGCAACUUUGACGAUGACCUGAGUCUUGGUGCUGAUGCUUCUGUGUUAAAUGGUGGAGAAAUCUCAUUGGAUGCUGGCCCUGCACAGCAGACUCCCAAGACACGACGACACAGCAGACUCAGCAGCAGCACCCCUCGUCCUGGACUAAGUCUGCCGUCGCUGAACUUGGGUCACAGCAUGGCCUCCAGCUGCCUCUCCUCCUCCACCUGUAAAACCACAUCAAGUGUAUCAGAGGUCCUGCAGAUGUGUUCGGAGGAUGCAGAGGAGACGCUGUACGAGCUGGGUUUCGGCUGCGAUGAGCCGCAGGUCACGGUUCGCAUCCCCCCUCGCUUCUUCACCUUCCCCUCUCAGGCUCAGGGCAUCAACUUCCGCCUCUUCCUGGACUCACAGCUCCGGCGGAUACGAGAGGAGGACCCCAGCCUCUCUCUAGCGAGCCGUUUCAGACAAGUCCAGGUGCUCACAGCGAUGGCCAACGCCUUCUACUCCCUCUACUCCCACGUGUCCCGCACCCCUCUUCAGAAGCUGGCCACGCCGGAGUUUUCCUUCUCGUCCCCCGUGGAGAGGAUCGAGCGCUUCAGGAGCAGCAUCCGCAGCGAGCCGCGCUCUCCGGUGGAGAGGCUGAAAGACACCGUCUCCAAGAUGUGCCUCUACACAGGCUCUCCACGCGGGUCAGACUCCACAUCUCCACAGCCCUCACCCAGGAAGAGGUCCAGCCUCCCUGACGUUGUGGAUAUAGUCCUGGUGAAAGUCAAGACCGGGGCGACCAAGAGACUGGAUCUGGGGGAAUUUAACAGGAGCAAUUCAGCUGUGGAUGUUCGGCUAGUCACAGAUGAUGAUAAAUCCUUUAAGAGUGGGAAAGAAGAGGAAUCACAGAAGACCGCGGAUGUUCUUCAGAAUGAGAGUAAAAUCUGUCAUAAGGAGAUGCAGAGCAGCAAACAAACAGAUAAUGCUGAUGCUGGUGAGAACAGCGUCCAGGCAACAGAGGCUGACAGGACUCAGAGUAUAAGAACAUCUCUGGCCUCAUCGUUAUCAGGAGAAACUGUGAUAGAAACAAAUCGUCAGGCAGAGCCGGACUCAUAUUCGACUCCAAGUGACACGAGGACAGCUGAGCUAAAGCCUGUUACCAAGGCUACGUACGAUCUUAUCUGCCCGCAGAUAGUUGAGAGCGUACAUCAGGCUCCUUUCUGCUGCCAAAACCCACACGCUCCAAAAACAAACACUUUGCCUCUUAUCUGCUCUGAGACACAAAGCACAGAUACAUCACGUCCUGGAUCACAAAAACCCCAAACACCAACCCCUAUCUCUGCCAGGCAGGCAUCCAGAUCACUUCCUGUCCUGGUCCCCAACGGCAGCUAUACCCAUUACUCUAUCACUGUGACGGGCUGGGAGGGGGACGAUGCCUCUUCCUCUUCCUUGAACGCACCAGAUUCCAGUCAUACUUCAACCGUUCCGCCUGUUGGGGCGCGUAAGGAGUCGUUUAAUGAGGGGAAAAGCCAGUACCUGAAUCCACUGACACAUCAGAGCCUGGGGCAGUUCUCCAAUAGCCUACAACAGGUUAACUCUUUUGAACUGGAAGAGGUGCACAGUGCAGGAGAGGAAGAAUUCGGACAGACGGACGCUGCAAAAACAACAACCUCACCGUCGUCCACAAAGCAUCAGAACAAAGGUGAGGUGGUCCGGGGCGACAGCGUGCAGUCAGACAGCAGCGGCUACGCAGACGAAGAAGUCAGUCCCUCAUUGGACAGACACGGCAGGUGACGGGAAACACAGAGCUCCACGCAAACGACGUGUCGUCUUUCAACUGUGGACUUUUUUUCUGCACUUAAGAUUUGAGUUUCUACAACUCAUGGUUUGGAAAGUGCAUCGCAGCAAGAGAGGCUGUAGACUGAGGAAGCUUUCUCCCAUUAGGAAAAGUUGAGGAUAUGCAAAGCAUUAAGUUAACUCCCAGAAUCCUGUAAAUAAAGUCACUGAGAGGCUUUGAUGAAA